AUGUAUGUGAAAUGGUUUGGUACAGUAAUGUUUUACUAUGUGAUUUUAGUGAUUUUAGUAAAUGUCCUUUUUUGUCAUUUUCAAAUUUCCCGCCGUUCCGUCAGCCCUACGUUCCGACGCUCGCAGAGGAAGGAACCCAGAUGACAGAUGCCGGCAACCGCCGGAUUAUAUUGCCGGGGACACUGCAGGAGGGACAUCGUGGGAGUGCAAGACAAGGUAAGUGAUCGAGGGAUUGAGGAGCAGCACCAUAUGGUAAGCCCGAGUGUAGCUCGGGGUUACCGCUUGUGCUACACUCGGGAAUACCGCCAGGGAGGCUACAGUAA